AUGCCAUUCAAGACACUUAAGUUUAUGGUUCAGUCUAAUAAAGGUAUCCCAGAAAAUACCCCGCUGGGAUGUUUACUGAAGAGGUGGAAAAGUGAAAGGUUUUUCCAGGAGAUGAGUAAGGAUAAAAUGAUUGACUAUUGUAAUCAUUGGUGGCCCGAAUAUAAGCGAGAAGGGCCGUCAUGGCCAGAGAAUGGUACUGUGGAUUUUGACACCAUAAAUUCGUUAAUGCGCUAUCUGGAGGAAAAUGAAAAAUGGGAUGAAAUACAGUAUUUAGACUUGUUUCAUUUACUGCGCCGUAAAAAGGAAUGGCAGACUGAGUGUGGAAUAAUGGUAUUGGAGAUGAAAGAAUCUAAGUGCGGGGGUUGUAAAGAAGGAUCUAAAUGUGUUCAGUGCUUAGCCUUAACCUCUCGACCAGAGGAGGAUUUGUCUUUUAUGGUGUCACCCGGUGCGCUCCCUGCUUUCCCCACCCCUCCUGCUGUCUCAACCCCUCCUGCUGUCUCAACCCCUCCUGCUGUCUCACCUCUUCCCUCUGUCUCACCCCAUUCCUCUUUGUAUCCACCGUUACCAGAAACCAGCACUGAGGAUGAGGAUGAGGAUGAGGAGGAAGAGGUGGCAAAUUUAACGGUAGUACCGGGGAAUGUUAAGAAAGUUGUUAUCCGACCUAAAACCCCUUCCCCUGUUUCUCCCCAGAAUCGGCGAAAUACUCCGCUCGCGGCACGAACUAGACAGGGACGUAAAAAUUACGGGGAAUCCCAGCUUAUUGCCCCUUUAAGGGAAGCUAUGGGACCCCAAGGAGAGAAAGUGCUUGUGAAAGUGCCUUUCUCCCCAGGAGAUCUGGUGAUUUGGAAGCAGUCAGCAGGCUGUUACCGUGAGAAUCCGGAGAGGGUGGCCCGGGUGGUCAAAAUGAUAAUUAAAACCCAGAAUCCAGAUUGGAAUGACAUGCAGGUUUUGCUAGAUACUUUGAUGGAUUCCACCGAAAAGGAGAUGGUGUUACAGGCAAUGAAAGAGCGUGCUCGAGAGGUGAUUAGGCUGCGUUGUACAGUAGAAACAGUAAAUGACUUAGUUCCGAGCGAUGAUCCGGGGUGGGAUCCAAACAGGGUCGGAGGAAUGGAAUCUAUCAAGGUGUACCAGGAGUUGUUAGUAGAAGGAAUCAGGACUGGGAUGCCUAAGACGCUAAAUUGGUCAAAACUGUAUUCUGUCAGGCAGGAUAAGAAUGAAUCUCCCUCGGCGUUUUUAGAAAGACUUAAAGAAACUGCUAGACGCUUCACUGAUUUGGAGAUCGACAGUGAAGCAGGAAAAUUGCAGCUUGCUUUAAUCUUUUUGGGUCAGACACAGGAAGAUAUCCGCAAAAAACUGCAGAAAUUAGAAGGACAAGAUACUCGUGAUCUGGAUAAAAUGCUAGAGGUGGCUUGGAAAGUUUAUAAUAACAGGGAAAAAGAAACGGCCAAGAAACAGCAGGCGAACAUACUAGCUAUAAUGCAGCAAGCCAGUGAAAGGGGGGGAGGCAGAGGUGGUUUUGGGCGCGGUCGUGGUUCUGGACGUGGCAGGGCAGGAUUCCAGAAUGUUAAAUUUGGAGGACGGGGGAUGGCCCCUCCUAGUCCCCAGCAAGGAGAGAUUGCUCCCAAUCAAUGCGCGUUCUGUCGUCAGAUAGGACACUGGAAGAAUGAGUGCCCAGUGAAAGCUGGAUUGGGAGGAAUGCCAGUGAAUGGACCAACAGGUUACCCCGUGAAUCCAGUAGGUGGCGCCCAAGCAUUUGUAUUGGGAAAUUAUCAGAAUCAAAGCUGA